UGAUAACCCCGUCAAUCGAUGCUGUUGGCAAUAUCGUCUGCCACACAAACAGACAAACAUAGGAGCGAAUAUCAAGCUAUAAUAGCUGUCUUUUGCAUUGGAUUUUAAACUUCACAGUUUUCGGUUACUUUGUUCAGUGUAAAUUCUUUCCCAAAUCUACGACUAAUUUGCCCUGUUCGUGUUUGCUAGGAUAUCACUAUCAUAAACGAUAAAUUCGGAGGAUUCAAUCUAGAAUUGACGGGAGUUGUGUCUGCUUUUAUAAAACGUGCAUUUCGUGUGCCGGGUAUAUUUGUUGGUUGUGAUAGUUUUAUCGUAUUGUCAAAUUCGCCCUGUAAACACACGCCGAUUUGUUAUUUUCCACGGCCGCAUUUUAGCUCAACAUUAAAAAUGGCUGAAGAAUUGGAAACGAUGUUCAAAAGGCUCUCUGAAGCAGAAGAUUGUAAAUCUCUUCUCAAAAAACAUUUGAGUAAAGAGAUAUUCGAAAAGUUGAAAGAAAAGAAAACUACUUUAGGAGGCACAUUAGCUGACUGUAUCCGUUCCGGCUGUGAAAAUUUAGAGAGUGGUGUUGGUAUUUAUGCCUGUGAUCCCGAGGCCUACACGGUUUUUGCUGAUGUAUUAGACCUGGUCAUCAAAGAUUACCACAAAAUUCCUGACAAUAAAGCCAUCAAACAUCCUGCCGCUGAUUUUGGUGAUUUGGAAAAAUUGAAAUUUGAAGAUCUCGAUCCCGAAGGAAAAUUUGUUGUAUCCACCAGGGUUCGCGUUGGCCGAUCUCACCAAGAAUAUGGCUUCCCACCAAUUCUCACCAAGGAGCAACGCGAAGAUAUGGAGAAGAAAACUGUUGAAGCAUUUGAAGGUUUACCAGAGGCUUUAAAAGGCAAAUAUCAUCCUCUUGAUGGCAUGGACGGCGACACACAAAAACAGCUUACUGAAGAUCAUUUCUUAUUCAAUGACCAUGAUAGGUUCUUGAGAUCCGCAGGAGGAUAUAAUGACUGGCCUACAGGACGUGGUAUCUAUUUUAAUGAAGAGAAGAACUUUUUAGUUUGGGUCAAUGAAGAAGAUCAUCUUAGAAUUAUUUCUAUGCAGAAAGGAGGAGACUUGGGGGCUGUUUACAAACGUCUAGUCACGGCUAUUAGAAGUUUGGAACAAAAGUUAACCUUCGCCAGGAACGACCGUUUAGGAUUUUUAACUUUCUGUCCUACCAACUUGGGUACCACUUUAAGAGCUAGUGUCCAUGUUAAGAUACCUAACCUAGCAGGACAGUCUAACUUUAAAGACGUGUGUGAUAAAUAUAACCUACAAGCUAGAGGUAUCCAUGGGGAACACACAGAAAGUGUUGGAGGUGUUUAUGAUGUAUCUAAUAAAAGACGUCUUGGUUUAAGUGAAUUACAAGCAGUAACAGAGAUGUAUAAUGGUGUUAAAGAGAUUAUUAAAUUAGAACGGGAACUAUCAUGGAAACCUGAAUCUAUUGAAGAUAUGUUUGACCAUGUCUCUAAGGCUAAACACUGUAAAUCAUUAAUGAAGAAAUAUUUUACAAAGGAUGUUCUUGAAAAAUUGAAAGACAAGAAGACGAGUCAUGGCGCCACCUUGAUGGACUGUAUUAAUUCAGGUGUAAUGAAUUUGGACAGUGGUGUUGGAAUCUAUGCUGCUGACCCCGAGUCGUAUACAGUAUUUGCUGAUAUCUUCGAUCCCGUUAUUAAAGAUUAUCACAAUAUGAAACCUAGCGAUACUUUAGCUCACCCUGCUUUCGAUCUGGGAGAUGUUGAAAACCUUCCCUUUCCCGAUCUUGAUCCCGAGGGAGAACUCAUCGUAUCUACUAGAAUUCGAGUUGGCAGAAGUCACAGUGAAUACGCUUUCCCGCCAGUUUUAACAGCCGAGGAUCGUGUCAAGAUGGAAGAAAAAACAGUUGCUGCAUUAAACAGUCUAACGGGAGAAUUAAAGGGAACUUAUCAUCCUCUUAAGGGAAUGACAAAAGAAAUGCAAGAUCAAUUAACAGCUGAUCACUUCCUGUUUAAUGAUCAUGACAGAUUUUUGAAAGCUGCUGGAGGAUAUAAUGACUGGCCUACAGGACGUGGUAUCUAUUUUAAUUCAGAGAAGAACUUUUUAGUUUGGGUCAAUGAAGAAGAUCAUCUUAGAAUUAUUUCUAUGCAGAAAGGAGGGGACUUGGGUACCGUUUACAAACGCCUAGUCACGGCCAUCAAAGAAUUAGGUGAAAAAUUGACCUUUUCCCGAGAUGAUCGCCUGGGCUUUUUGACCUUCUGUCCAAGUAAUUUGGGAACUACCCUCCGUGCAAGCGUACAUAUCAAAAUCCCCCAUCUAGCUGCCAAAAAAGACUUUAAAAAUAUCUGUAGUAAGCUCAAGUUACAGGCAAGAGGUAUUGAUGGUGAGCAUACAGAAAGUGUUGGUGGAGUUUACGACAUUUCAAACAAAAGACGUCUCGGUUUGUCGGAAAUUGAUGCUGUGAAGGAGAUGUACCAUGGUGUUCAAGAAAUCAUUCGUAUGGAAAAAGAUCUUGCGGCCGGCAAGGGAACCAAGUCAUCAUCAUGCGUCGUAUUGUAACAGGGCCGAUAACUCUUGUUUUGCUCAGCUUUAAAUUCAUAAUUUAUUUUAUUACAAAAUGGAAAAAUAUCAUAACAUCCGGAUAGGGAAUCGUCUAUUUGUUCACUUUUAUACCUUUCGAACUUCAAUUUGUUUUUAAAAAAAUAAAUUUAAACAAACAGUGAUUAAUUAAUUGUAUGACUUGAGGGAUGGCAAAUCAUACCAAGUAACCUUUAUAAUUUUGUUACCCGAAUACAAUGCCCUGUCCAAGAUACAUUUUCUUAUUAAAAAUAAUUUAUUAGUUUUGAUUGAGUCAAAUUGGUAUUUAUGCGGUACAGUCUGUAUCACCCUAAUACAUUAUUAUUGUUCGGUAUUGUCACUGUCUAUAUAUAAUAUUGUGUUUUUGAAUGAAAUUAAUCAAAUGAUAUAUAAAAUUAUAUGUACAAUAUACAUGUAAUGUGGAGGUAAUUGUCUCAUGAUCAACUUUAUGUACACAUAAUACUGUAGUAGAUCUACCGAUGUUGCUUUCUCAGUGUAAUUAAGUGCCAAAUUGUUUGUUCAGCUGUACUAAUAGAUUAGGAAGUGUUUAAGAGGCGCCAUCAGGUUUUCCCCUCUUUGAAAGAGUUGAUAGUACACCCUAAAACAUUUUCGAUAAAACUAAUUACCGUUCAGCAUUUGAAAAAACGUUCAGCAUUUGAAAGGCGUUCAGCCUUUGAAAUGACGUUCAGCAUUUGAAAAGACGUUCAACAUUUAAAAUUUGAAAUGACGUUCAGCAUUUGAAAAGACGGUUCAGCAUUAGAAUGACGUUCAGCAUUUGAAAGACGGACAUUUUUAAUUUAGGGGAUUCGGUGUGGGGAAAAUGAUUUAAAGUACGGAAUGAUUGAAAACUAUCGAAUGUUGGACCAAUAUUAUAGUUGAAAUUUGAUUUUGAUUGUGGUGAGUUGCUUUUUACUAAUAAUUACUGAAUAAAAAAUGCACUGUUUCAAUAUGUGACUACUUGAAUUAUGAAAUCUGUAGGCUUUGGGUGGAUAAUGUUUCUAUAUGGAGUUUGUAUAUAGAUAUUAUAUUGUGUAUAUCUACAUUAGGUAUUAAUUUCUAUUAAAGAUUAAAAUACAAACUGUAGUUUAUAUAAUUGUAUAUAGAUAUAUUGCACAGUUCUUGGUGGGAUAUAUAAAAUUAUUAUAGUUUAUUUAUAUUUAUUAUAUGUGUGGUAAUUAUUAUAAUUAUUGUCUACAAUAUAUGUAUGUCUAUAUAUUUAUAAUCUUUUGAAAAAAUUUAAAAAAUGGUACAUGAAAGACCCGUAUAACCCUGAAAGUUCUUUUAUUUUCGGAUAAGUUAAUCGUUUGUAUAAUCCCUCUAAAAAGUUUUAUGGCAGUUAACCUAUAUGAUUAAUUUAUAGUUAAGAAUUUGAAGUCAAAAAUGAAUUUGAUCAUUAUAAAAGUAUUAGAAUAUUAAUAGAAUUUGUAUGUUUUAUAUACACCAAGGUAUUAUGACCAUAUUUGAUAAGACCCGUAUAAACCUUCAAGUUGUAUUUUCGGAUAAGUUAAUUCUUUGUAUGGCAUCCCUAUGGAAUCUUAAUCCCUCUAAAAAAAUUAUGACAGUUAAAAUAUUUGAUUAAAUUAUUAUUAAGAAUUUGAAGUCAAAAUUGAAUUUGAUCAUUAUAAAAGUAUUAGAAUAUUAAUAAAAUUUGUAUGUUAUAUACAUCAAGGUAUUAUAAUCAUAUUUGAUAAUAUUUAAUAUGCAUAUAGUUAUGCAAUUUUUGAAUGUAUGUUAAUGUUAUAAUGAUUUUGUUAACAUAAUUUAUUUGUGUUUGAUACGCAUGCCAGUCAUAACAGUUAUUAAACAUUUUCAAUUUUUA